AUGGAUGACUCCUCAGACACCGUCACGGGGAAGAAUCGCGGAGACGCGUGUGGGAUGCUGUCACGAAUUUUCCCGCCGUCGUGGCGGCCAGCCUCCCCUCGAUCUCGGUCGAGCUCGCUGCCGUCUUACCCAGUAUCUCGGUGCGUCUGCGGAGCUUUGUUAACGACCUGUCUCCUCAUCAUUUUCAUGGUUCUCUUCCUCGUCCCCGUUUCGCUGAGUCCUAGUGCACCGGCGGCGCUCUGGCGAUCGCGAGGCGGCUUGCCCAGCUGGCUAGUUGGCGCCCCGGGUCUAGGUGCAGUCGACGGGGAGUUUUCGGGGAACUCGGAUAUUCUGGGCGGCAUCCGAGCCAUCGGCCUUCCGCAGAUUCAAGACUGGAAACCCUUGCAGAGGCGAGAAAGAAAAGUCACGCAACUCGGAUAUGAGGGGGGUCAAUAUGGAGACGCGCCCGCGUACAUUGUCGAGCCGGAACUUGUGCACGAGGUCAACCCUGGAGCGGACGAAGAUCGCUUGCACGGCCUUGUGGGGAUUUUGGACGACGGGACACUUGCUUGGAGUCCGAAGCCGAUCUUUUUGAAGCUAACUAAAGAGCAGAAACGCCUGGCACACAAAGGGUAUUGUUUCAACACCAAGGUGUCAGACUCGCUGUCGCUCGAUCGUUCCGUUCCCGAGUUCGCCUCAAAUUACUGCCGAGACCAGAGGCUUCUGUUUGAUAAUAUGACACCUCCGAGUGCCGAACAAAAGUGGAAGCAGACGAGAGAACUUUCAAAAGCGCAAUCUCCACAGCUGUCCGCCACUGAUGGAAAAGCAUCGUCUGCCGUGGUACCCAGGGCCACAGACGGCAGCCUACCAGACACCAGCGUGGUCAUUGUCUUUUACAACGAAAACUUGAGCGUGCUGUUGCGGUCGAUUCACUCAGUCCUGAAUCGCACUCCGCCCUCCCUGCUGAAGGAGAUCAUUGUCGUGGAUGACUUUUCUGACAGACAAACCCAUCCGUGGCUCGGUAAACAACUCGAGGACUACAUUUCCGGCACCCUGCCCAAAACGCGUCUUCUUCGACUCCUCCAGCGGCGAGGUCUGAUGGGUGCGCGAGCAGCAGGCGCAGCGGCAGCAAGUGCAGAGACAGUGACUUUUCUCGACAGCCACAUCGAGUGUCUGCCCUACUGGCUGCAGCCUCUGCUCUUUCACGUCAAACAGGACUGGCGAAGAAUCGCCAUGCCGCUUAUUCCCACGAUCGACGCCGACAACUUCCGCAUCAAGGAUGGAGGCUUGAAGACUCUCGCCUUCACGUGGGGUAUGAGUCAUUACCACAUUCACGACAAAAUUCGUCAUCGAAUCGAGGAACUUGGACAAGACGAGGCCGCCAAGAAUCCAGAUGCCCCAACGAUGUCGCCCAUCAUGGCAGGUGGCCUGUUCACGAUCACGAAAGCGUGGUGGGACACUCUGGGCGGGUACGACAAAGAAAUGCAAAUCUACGGAGGAGAAGAAUUCGAGAUUUCCUUCAAGACAUGGAUGUGUGGAGGUUCUCUCCACCUGGUACCGUGCAGCAGAGUCGGCCACGUUUUCAGGAGCAACGAAUUCUGGCAAGGCCAGGUGUACACGGUUCCCGGUGCGUUGAUUCACCGGAACAAGCUGCGGACAGCUCACGUGUGGAUGGGAGAGUACGCGAGAAUCGUCGAGCUGGUCAUUCCUCGUUUGCCUCAAGAUAAACCGCUGGGCGAUUUGACGGAGCUGAAGGCUCUGCGGGACCGACUCAAGUGCAAAGACUUUAACUGGUACUUGAAGAACAUUUAUCCGGAACUCGAACCCCCGAACCUGGCGCAUGCAAUGACCGGCGCGAUGCGGAAUCCAAAGUUCAACUGCUGUCUCGAUACCCUCACAACGAAAAACCAAGAAAUCGGCGUCUAUCCCUGCCACUUUGAACACGGCACUCAGGCCUUCCUUUACGGCAAGGACACGCACAUGCUGAGGGUCGCUGAACACAAUUUCGAAUUGUGUGUUUAUGGCAACCCUGCUAAGCGGCGGUUGCCCGAAAGAUCUUGCACAGAAGAUUUUUCUGGGCAAGGCCUAAGUCGUUACUGGCUUUACAAGGAAGACACGAAGCAGAUGCAAUUGUUGGAUGCAGAAAACAAAGACAUCCAUCCCGACAACCUCUGCAUGCAGGCCGUGCAGAUUCAGACGCCGAAGAGUCCUUUCGACCUCGUCCUUAGGAAAUGCGAUCCCAGUAGAGAGGAGCAGCACUUUGUAUUUGUUCCGUAGCAGAGGAAAACAGCAAGACCGCACACAGGAACUGUGAGACGGAACAAAACGGAUUUUUGACGACACGUCUCGGUGUCCCCUACCCACUUCAGUCUACUUUCAGUUUCGUCUGCUCUCCCACGCAAUUCCUCGCGCGCUUGGGAUCUGGGGAAUGUGUUUCUUCCGAUGCCCAUAGGCGAAACGUCUUCUUCCGAGUACAGAGGCCACAAGGGUAGUGCCGUUUUUAGAAACAGUAUUCACAUGCUAGAGGGUUUGCGUCUUUUGCUGUGCCUGACGCAAUGGAAAGGGAAAUAAAUCUACGGUAAACGAGGAGUCGCAUCUGCUAGUUGGAUCCGGCUGGCAUCCACAGCGGCGGGGGCGUGGGUCCGUGGAAACAGGCAAAAUCCGAGUGAAUAUAAUACCGAUGCGUGGGCGGAAAUGUGAGGGCCUUGCGGGGAGGACUGGGACAACGUUCGGCUGAACUGCGCUUGAGAGAAAGGAGUGGGUGAAGCUCUGACGGGGAGAUGCCUCGCGUUUUCGUCCGUUUGAGGGCACCGCAGAUUGGGGUCCCAGGCGACCCGUCGAUACACCCACAGAAUGUUUUCGGUAAAACCAUCGUUCAGGAAGGAUUCGCUUUUGCAAAACCGUGAAAGACAUCAACCUGGUCUUUCUUUGGAGGGCAGAACCAAAGCGAGGCACGAAUGGUUUGUUUCUGGGCCACACUGAUAGUUAAAUUCUCUUCCCCAUACUUUCGCAUUCUGUUUCCCAUUUGGACUGCAAGCUCAGAGAUAGCUUAGAACCGUACCGAUUGGGAUUGCAGUAUUAACGGGAGAAAAGUAUUUUCGGCAUCAAGCUACUUUCCUCCCCGUCUUUAC